AUGCUACGCUAUUUGAUAAUAAUAUUGUUAUCCUCCACAACAAGCAGCAUUAAAGCCGACUUAGACUUUGAAGAAAGCCUGAAAGAAUACAUACCGAUUUACAAGAGGAGGGCUGAAAACUAUUCUCGCUGCAAUAUGUUCUUCAAAUCCUCUUCAGCGGUUUCAAAGAACAUGGCGAACUGGUUCGCAUCGCAGAACGGUUGUGGGAAUAUCAUCAUCAGCAACGUGUUGGAUUACAAAUUCGCCGUAACAGACAGUCACGCUAACUUUCAUUUCUUUGAGUCGGUACAACAUGUAAAAGGAAACUUACUAAAAUUACCAGAAACCUUCCUCUUCAACGGGAAAGGAGACUCGCACUUUAUUAUAGGCACCAAGACAAAAGACUUCAAGUUCCUCCUAGAUACCUUUGAAUUCUUUUGGAAGAAGCGUUUUAUCAAUUGCGUGAUAGUAUUCGUUUAUGAACAUCUAGAAAUAUUUGCGUACGACACUUUUCGUCAGGUAGCCUUAAAUCUCACAGCGUGCGACAGGUGUCCCUUAUUCUCGCGAGUUUUGCGCAACUUCUGGGGGUACCCCUUAAGGGUGAACAUGUUCGAAGAAUACCCACUUUUGAGAAAAGUCGACGACAGGUGGAUGGGAAAAGACUACGGCAUCAUGAUGGAAAUUGCGAAAAGAUCCAACGUUAGCCUUCAGAUAUUAGACACGUCAGGGGGUUUUGGGGGAACUAUGGAAAGCUUGAUCCGCAACGAGUCAGAUAUCUGCUUCGUAAGUAUGUUUCUCCUGACUAAAUAUAAAAUGAAAGGGAUUGAUUAUGUUUACCCCGAACACAUCAACAGUAUUGUGUUGCUGGUUCCUCGCAGUCCAAAAAUACCGCAAUAUAAAAAACUGAUCUACAUAUUCGACAAGAAUGUAUGGAUAUGUCUGUCAAUUACGAUACUGGGAGUUGCGCUUGUCGUUAAAAUAAUAGCAACUUGUAACAACCGCAGGAACACGUACUUUUAUUAUCUCUUGGUAGUGUGGCGAUCAUUUUUACAACAAGGGGUGUGUAGCUCUCGGCAGAGGUAUCACAAAGCUAGACCAUUCUUGGUCUUAUGGCUGUAUUUCAGCUUGAUAUUUGGCACUGCUUUUCAAACAUCGCUAAUGAGCAUGUUCAUAAAAUCAAAGUAUUGGAAAGACAUAAACACACUGUCCGAGGUUAGACAAUUGGGAUUGCCAAUCUAUGUUCCAGCGGUUUACGGUGACGUGAUUCCAAAGAGAUAUAAACUUCACAAACAACUUAAAUUUGUCGAAGGCAUGAACCAGUUGCAUGAUUUGAUUUCUACGUCCAACACCUUCAGCGGGUACAUUAUGACCGAAGAGGCUGCCCGUGUCUACGUAGAGUUUAUAAGAAGCAAAGACGAUAAACCCAUAUACCAUAUAGUUGGUGAAAAAUUAAUACCUGGAAUUAACACGUACAUGGUUCAGAAGAAGUCCCCUUUCUUAAAAAGAAUUAACAAAAUGAUGUUGUUGAUACGACAAUUUGGUUUACGGGACCACUGGAUGAAGAACUCCCCAGUGAUUAAUAUGAAUUGGAGGAAGAGGGUAUGUGGAGUGGCCAGCCAGGUCACCUAA